CAACUGAACUUGAGAGAAACAUGGCGGCCUCCAUCAGGGCAUUAAGAUUUUUCUCCGACUCUACGCGAAAUAUUCAUCAUGUUUCACGGUGUCGAAUCAAACAUGUAUGCUGUCGUGCUGGGAUCACAGGGUGUCGAGGAUAUAGCGAUAGCACAGAGGGCAGAAAUACGCACUUUGGAUUCCAAACAAUCCCAGAGGAGGAGAAAGCACAGAAAGUGUAUAAGGUGUUUGAAAGUGUGGCCGAGAAGUAUGACGUGAUGAAUGAUGCCAUGAGUUUGGGAAUCCACAGAUUGUGGAAAGACACACUGCUGCACAUUAUGAACCCUCAGCCAGGGCUACGGCUACUGGACACAGCUGGUGGCACAGGUGACAUAUCUUUCCGCUUCCUGGAGUACACACGCUCGAUGUAUGAUCGUCAGCAGCGGCUAAGAGCAAAAUCCCGUCAGACACCAUCAUGGCAGGACAUCUCUGAACAUUAUUUGUCCAACGAUGCAGGGCCUCCACAGUCACGGGCUGUGGUGUGUGACAUCAAUAAAGAAAUGCUCAAAGUUGGAAAACAAAAGGCUGAGACAGCAGAAAUUACCACAGGUCUGUCAUGGGUCGCAGGCGAUGCAGAAGAGCUCCCGUUUGAUGACGAUCAGUUUGACAUAUACACUAUUGCCUUCGGCAUCAGAAAUGUCACCCACAUAGAGCAAGCUCUACAAGAGGCUUUGCGCGUCCUUAAGCCAGGGGGACGCUUCAUGUGUCUGGAAUUCAGCAAAGUGACCAACCCUCUUCUCGCAAGGUCAUUUUUUAUUUGUAGUAAUUUUUUUGUGUGCUUUUGUAAUGUUUUUUUGUUUAAAUGUCUAUAUCGUUUUUAUUCAUUUUAUUUUCAUUUGUAAUUUUUUUUACAAGUU